AUGGCAGUGAAGGACCAAUCCCUGGAUCUCCCCGAAUUCUUCUCCCACCACUACUUUCACCUCGGUAUCCGCCGCUUCUACGUCUUCGAUGACGGUACCGAGCCCCCUCUCUCUACUGCAUCCUAUCCUAUCCCAUCCUCCUCUAUCACAUGGGUCUACUUCCAACCUCAUAUUCACUCAGACCGACUAGGCGAGCGAAAAGGCAUUCAGGAAAAAUACUACACCGGAUGUGUAAAAAUGUUUGGUGAUAGACACAAAUGGAUGGGUUUCCUUGAUGCCGACGAAUUCCUAGAAAUGACCGGCGGCGAAACCCUUUCGGAAUUUCUGCAUGACUGGGCCCGCAAUGAUACCGUCGGUGCUAUUGGGGUUAACUGGCUUGUCCAUAGCUCCGCCGGCUUACUCACCCGCCCUGCAGACGGACCCCGUAAAGCGUUUAAUCGUUGUAUCGUGGACAAUAUUCACAACGACAACCUGAAGGUCAAAACCUUCGUGCGUCCAGCCCUAUUUGGCUACAUGUGGAACUGUCACUGUAUGGCCAAAUUGAAAAACGAAGCUAUACAAGUAGGCGAGAACGGCGAUCUAAUCACUAGAAACUGCGAUCGAAGCCCGAUUACGAGAGAUAGGUGGGCGUUGCAUCACUUCGGGACCAAGUCUCGAGAGGAAUUCUUGCAGAAGCAGGAGAGAGGGAAGAUAAGGGGUGGGAAGUCGACGGCACAUUGGUGGAAGAAAAUUGAGAAUGCGGAACAGAGGAACUGUUCGGAGUUGACCAAGUAUGUCCCAUAG